AUGGCUCCUGAGGGUGUGGCAGAGCUUCGUGAUUGGCUCUUCUUGUUUCUGCUGUGCCUAACACUGUUGGUUGAGGUGCUGGAGUUCGCAGCUGCAACUGCGCAAGGACUGGACGCAGAGGGGGACACGGUCUGCCCCUCAGUAUGUCGCUGUGACGAAGACUUCAUUUACUGCAACGAUAGAGGUUUGAGCGCCAUCCCACCGCUGCCACCAUCUGCCACAGUGCUCUACCUUCAGAACAAUCACAUCGACAAUGCAGGCCUUCCCACGUCAUUAGAACGUCACACCACCGUCCGCGUCAUUUACCUGUACGACAACGAGCUGGACGACUUCCCCAUGCACCUCCCACCGUCGCUACGGGAACUCCAUCUCCAGGACAACAACAUCCGGGUGUUGCCCCGGGUGGCCCUGGCCCGUUUGCCCCUCCUGGAGAAGCUGCAUCUGGACGACAACUCCGUCUCCACCGUUAGCAUCGAGGACCAGGCUUUUGCUGACAACCCUCGUCUGCGCCUGCUCUUCCUUUCUCGAAAUCAUCUCUCCAGCAUCCCAUCAGGGCUUCCCGCUUCCUUAGAGGAGCUCCGUCUUGACGACAACCGGAUUUCCACCAUUCCGACCCACGCUUUCCGUGGGUUAUCGUCUUUGCGCCGUCUCGUCUUAGACGGAAACCUCCUGGCCAACCAGCGAAUUGCGGAUGACACCUUCUCCCGCCUGUCGAACCUGACGGAGCUGUCGUUGGUGCGCAACUCCCUGCAGACGCCACCUCUCAAUUUGCCCAGCGCCCACCUACAGAGGCUUUCCCUGCAGGACAACGCCCUGAUCCACAUGCCGCGGGGAUCUCUGGAUGGCAUGCGCAGGCUCCAGAGGCUGGAUCUCUCAGGGAACAACCUGACCACCUUACCCCGCGGUCUGUUCCGGGAUUUGGACAGCCUAGGGCAGCUUCUGGUGCGUGGCAACCCCUGGCAUUGUGGCUGCAACCUGCGCUGGCUAUAUGACUGGUUGCAAGCCAGAGGGAACUCCAUCACUGUUCGAGGUCUUACCUGCCAGGCACCUGAACGAGUGCGCGACAUGGCCCUCAGGGAUCUCAGCAGUCAGAUGGAGGAAUGUGAAGCUGGAGGCGGUGCUGCUGGAGGUGGGAUCAGCACAGGCGCAAGUGGUAGCAGAGACCGAGCAGGAGGUGGAGGAGGUGGAAUUGCAGCUGGCUCUACCACCCUUUCCCCUCCACAAGGCUCCCUUUUCACCCUCAGAUCCAAACGUCCUGGUCUCGGACUUCCAGACAUAGCUAUGGACUACACACUGGGCAGCAGUGGAGUUGGCAAGAACCUAGCCCUAAACGUCAAGCCUCUUUCGCACAACAGCAUCCGAGUAACCUGGAGCGUGGCACAAGCCUCAUCAUCCUUCAGGCUGAGCUGGCUUCGUUUGGGAACCAGUUCAGCCAUGGGAUCCAUCACAGAGACACUGGUUAGGGGUGACCGGCGAGAGUAUCUCCUGACAUCCUUGCAGCCCAGUUCGAGUUACAUUAUCUGCAUGGUACCUCUGGUGUCGAGCUCUGGGAGCAAAGGCACAGCAAGUGGAGGGGACACUGAUUCAGAUGAGGCUCCUGUUUGCGCCAAAACUGAGACGUCCAAUCCCGAACAGCCAGACGUGGAUCAGGGAGAAGAUCAGGGCUCGGAGCAAAUGGCCACGCUACCCCUAGCAGGUAUUAUCGGUGGGGCUACAGCACUAGUCUCGCUCGCUCUCAUCUUCGCCAUUUUCUGCUGGUAUGGACAUCGUGCUGGACGCUUGUCCUCGCGGGAUAACUAUAGCCGUAGCAGUUCACGCAAGAGCAAACAUUACGACGACUACAUUGAAUCGGGCACUAAGAAAGACAACACCAUCCUGGAGAUCCGAGGCCCUGGGUUCCAGAUGACACCUAUGGCGGCUAGGCAGUCACUUCAGCCCAAACCAAUUCGGGAAGAUUACAUCAUACACACAAUCUUCCCCUCUAAUGGCACAGGGCUCUAUAAAGCCCCUCACCAAAUGACCCAUCCUGGGUACGGCACCAACCGUGGAUACAGAGAAGGAGGCAUCCCAGAUAUAGACUAUUCUUACACGUGA